GAGCUUCACAUUUCUGUGGAAUUCCCAUUUGCCAGUGAGCUGCUGCUGCUGCUGCCCUGAUUGAUAUAUGACUGCAAUGGCACUUUUCCAUUUGACAUUCCCCCUCUCUCCCUCUCUCUCUUAAACAACAGCCCUAACUUUUGUGUGUUGCAAAUAUAAAAGGCAAGCCAUGUGACGGAGGGACAGAAGAACAAAAGCAUUUGGAAGUAACAGGACCUCUUUUAGCUCUCCGAAGGGUUCGAGGGAAGGAGGGAGUGGCGCAUUUUCCAAAGGCUUUCCGACGGACCGGACAGCGUGGCUGUGGACUAGGGCAGGUUUAACACGCCCUUGAUCGGCUCCGAGCCGGGAGGGAAGCCCGUGCUUGGCUUUGCUGCGGUGCCCGGGCGCGCUCGGAGCUGACAGCGGAGGAUGCUGCGCGACCCCGGACCGCCCGCCGAAGGACAGAGGGAGGCUCUCCUGCCUUCCCCGCUGAUCAUUUCCCUGUGUGUCAGCGCCAGAGGCACGAGCAUGACUGUUCUCUGCUUCUCUGGAAGGAGAAUUUCUCUGCUGUGAGCCCGGUGACCGAGUGUCAGUGCAGUGUAACUGCGGAACGGACCCUGAGGAGCAGAGCCCUGCUGGGAUCCAGAUGCUGCCCUUCAAUUAGCAGAGAGGAGACUGACACGGAGCAAGUGCUGCCUGACAACUGUGCAGGAGAUUCUUUGAUGGAUUACAACCUCAUCAGACUCCAACUUGAGAAGAAGAAUGUCAGCUCAGACACUUAGACCAGACUUUUCACCAUCCUGGAAAGGAACUGGCUUCCAGAAUUUGGAAGGUUUUUGAUGCUCUACCUCCCUCUGCUGUUACCAGCGAGAAGUUCCUCGACAAUGGGAAAUCAUGUACUCGCAGCUUCGAUUUCCAUGCUGUCGCUGCUGGUGAUGGUGGGAGACACGGACAGUAAAACAGACGGGUCCUUCCUGAUGGACUCGGACCCCAGCCGCUGCAUGAGGCACCACUACGUGGAUUCCAUCAGCCACCCCCUGUACAAGUGCAGCUCCAAGAUGGUGCUGCUGGCUCGCUGCGAAGGCCGCUGCAGCCAGAGCUCGCGCUCCGAGCCCCUGGUCUCCUUCAGCGCCGUCCUCAAGCAGCCCUUCCGCUCCAGCUGCCACUGCUGCCGCCCCCAGACCUCCAAGCUGAAGGCCAUGAGGCUGCGCUGCUCGGGGGGCAUGCGGCUCACGGCCACCUACCGCUACAUCCUCUCCUGCCACUGCGAGGAGUGCAGCUCCUAGGGCCCGGCAGCGGGACAGCGCCCCGCUGCUGUGGGGGAACCAUCCGAGACUGGAGUGCUGCUGUGGGGGAACCAUCCAAAAAUGGAGUGCUGCUGUGGGGGAACCAUCCGAGAGUGGAGUGCUGCU